GUUGCAGCGGUGCGGCUCGCGCUCACUCAGCCACUUGCCAACUGUGACCACAGAGCUCACUUUAUAAACCUCUUAUUGAAACGUUAUCCCAGAAAUAGUUAACUUCUCUGCAGCCGCUGACAGGACUGAGGACUUCCCUCUGAAGCUGAACGCAGGCGGUCAUUUAUUUUGAAAGUUGGAUUACAGCGGAGUCUCUUGAAGAACUGAGAGGAAAUAUUGUCUGCCAGAUGCUGCUCAGAAGAUGAGCAGCAGCGAAGUACAGAUUUGGGAAAUCAGCGGAAUCCCGUGCUGUCAACGGCAGUGUGGCGAGCGUAGAUAAGCCCCCUUAUGAGGUGAAAACCCUUCCCCGUCCUGCAGUAUCCCCUCCCAGCACCACCAGCAGGAAUAAGGGAUGUCACGGCUGUUCCUCCUUUCGGCGAUGCUGAUUGUCUCCUGCAGCAUCGAGAUGUCUCCUGCUGCUUCUCUGGAUAAGCUGAAGGAGAGUUGGAAAUUGUACAUGGAGGAGUGUGAGCGCAACAUCAGCCGAGACCCACCAAGCACCGGCCUCGUGUGCCAGAGGGAAUUUGACAUUUAUGCCUGUUGGCCUGAUGGACUCCCCAACACCACUGUCAGUGUGCCAUGUCCGUGGUAUCUGCCAUGGUACCAUAAAGUUAAACAUGGCAUGGUGUAUCAGGACUGUGAUGCAAACGGCCAGUGGGCAACUACGAAGAAUACCAGCGAGUGUGACUUUAAUAAUCCAAGUCAGCAGUACUAUGGCCACAUUCGGAUCAUGUACACAGUGGGCUAUUCCUUAUCACUGGUGGCUUUGGUGUUGGCGCUUGGCAUCCUCAUAUUCUUUGGAAAACUGCACUGCAUGAGGAACAACAUCCACAUGAACCUGUUUGCCUCCUUCAUCCUGCGAGCACUGUCCAUCCUCAUUAAAGACGCUCUGUUGGAGGCCAACAUACCGUUGCGGGACCUUGGCAGAGACCAGGAGCAGGGAUUUCCCCAGGCGUCCAUUCCUCCAGUGGAGCUGCUGGUCAACAACGAGAUGGCGGUGAGCUGCCGCAUCGCCAUGGUGAUGAUGCAGUACAGUAUCAUGGCCAACAGCUACUGGCUGCUGGUGGAAGGCAUCUACCUCCACAACCUCCUGGUCAUCACUGUGUUUACAGAGAGGAACUACUUCAAAAUCUACCUGUGCAUUGGCUGGGGUACCCCGUUAAUAUUCCUCGUGCCCUGGGUGAUCGCUAAAUACUUAUACGAAAAUCAAGAGUGCUGGGGCCAAAAUAUAAACAUGAAUUACUGGUGGAUCAUCCGUUCUCCGAUACUGCUGGCAGUUGUGAUCAACUUCCUAAUCUUCAUCCAUAUCAUCAAAAUUCUUGUGUCAAAACUUCGAGCACACCAAAUGAGAUACACAGAUUACAAAUUCAGGUUGGCUAAGUCGACUCUAACCCUGAUCCCUCUGCUGGGCAUCCAUCAGAUGGUCUUCAUCUUUGUGAUGGACGAGUCCACGAAAGCCACCAUCGGGCUUCGUCUCACCAAGCUCUUCAGCGACCUCUUCUUCUCCUCCUUCCAGGGUCUCUUGGUGGCCAUCUUGUACUGCUUUGUCAACAAAGAAGUGCAGUCAGAGAUCCUGAAGAAGUGGAAGCGUUGGAAGCUAGGGAGGAACAUCGAGGAGGAGUACCGCCACACCUACAGCAAUACCCCCAACACCAAGACAGCCAGCCUAAUGAAUCACGUCUCUCGACUGCCUCAUCUCCCAGACAUCGCCAAAAGCUCUUCCCCUGUCUGCAGCCCCGAGGAGACGCACAUGCUCGUGGGUGGAUGCCAAAACGGUAUGGCCCACAGUAAGGAGGCAGACCAGGGCUCCUCCCCGGUUCACAAGGGAACCAUCAGCAACUGCACCCUACUGGAGGACAUCAGCCCUACGGACAAGGUGCAGUGUUGCGAGGGUCAGAGAGAGAACAUGGAGAGCCACCUGUGAAAGGCACUGGGAGCGAGAACUCGACGAAGAAAGUUGGACGGCCGUGAGCUCUCAUCUGGCUCUGACAUACCUCCCUGCGUGGCUGCGAAGAGCUGGGCUGAUAGACUCAUCUGUCAGAGCAGUCUUUGCCCAGAGAUUGGUGUCGCUGGGAGCACAAGCGGGCACGCAGCCAGAGAAGGGAGAAUAUUACCGCAGACUCUCACACUGAGGUGUCUAAUGUUCUGUGAGCUUUGCGAAUGGAUUUUUGUAGACGUUUGCCAUACAGCGAAAGAAACUACUGCAUGUUGAACGGUGCAACGACAGCAUCUCAAGGCAGAUAAGCCAUGUAAAAUAAUAAGAAAAAAACCUGAAACCUCAAAUAGCAACUACAGAAACAAAAAAAGAAACAGGGUCCUUGCUUGAGCCUCUGCUUUAAAUCGUGUUGUGUAUCAAAUGUGUGUUUUGUGGUACUGGAGGUUAAAGACAAGCUGGACAUUGAACUGCAUACACAAAAAAGACCAAACAAGUGACUCAAAACAAGAUGGUAGGGAACAGAGACGUUUUCCUUUUUUUUUUCAUUGCUCUGAUAUCUGUAAAUGGUUUUCUUGUCCAUACUGACUUUUAUGAACAUGUACAGAAAAGAUUGUGCUGGCUGUACUUCAUACAGUAAGGUGACCACAGUGCUGUUCAAACAGCCUCAUCCAGGGGACAUUGGAAAUUGGCAGCUGCUCUCGCCAGGUCAUUCCUGGCUUAUACAAACAUUACAAGAGGUCAAGAGUUAGUGAAUUAUAAAUAACGAUCAUCGCUUGACUAGGUGUUUUACAAUAAAAAUAAGUCUUUUUUUUUUUACAUAGGUGUCAAUCUUGGAUACUGCAGAGUGCUACAGUUAACUGUGUAAAUGUGCCAGCUGUUUUUCCAAGGGGGGAUAGUUGCAAUUCUGUGCCAUUAAAUAUGAUUUCUCUUCCCCGUGCCAUCAAGAUGUUUUCUGACUCAAACGCCUUGGCAUGAAACUAUAUAAACUUCCACACAGGAGCCCACUCAGCCCUCAAGACGAAAGCUGACAGGGGAAACCGUGCACUCAUAUCAAGGAUAAAAAUACACAGCAUAUAGACAUGACCUGUAAAGCCGCCCAUGCAUUAAGUAUGAAUUCAACACCGUGACUCAAGAGUAACAUGACAUCUCUGGCACACGGCUGUUUCUGCAAGUUUUUGCAUAUUUAGUGAGUUCAAGUUUGAAGCUGUGUGAGUCAUUCGCAGAGGAUGGGUGCCGCACAGUGACAUCACAUCAGUAUCUCCUCUCUCUGAAAGCCUUUGCUAAUGAUUGCCCGGCCCAGUUACUCUGUAUACACAGUGUUUAAAUAUUCAGCCUUAUCCUGGGUCUGCAGGCGCUGUGGACACUUAGAACAAAACUCUGCACCCUAAAAGUAGAACAAACAGCAUUCUAGUGACAAAGAAAGCCAAAUUAGCAGUGGUACAUUUGCCUCUGAAUACACUGCAUUUGCUUUUUAAAGGUUUAAAGGAGUGUAGGAUUUAGGGGCAUUUACUGACAAUAAUGGUAUAUAAUACUCUUAACUAUGUUUUCAUUAGUUUCUAAUCACCUUAAAGUAAGAAUCAUUGUGUUUUCGUUAUCUUUAAAUGAGCUGUUUCUCAAAGUCAAGGAGGGAUCCUCAAACGGCUGAAUUUGAAGGACGCUAUGUCAUAGACCCCCGCUGAGGGACUGCUCCAAUGUCAAGGAUCCUUCCGAGUUUCACGAUGGACUGAUAGAUGUCAUUUAUUUGGAUUAAUGUCUCCAGGAGUUUUCAUCAUACAAGUGUGAAAAAUAUAUUGACAGAAACCUCAUAAUUUACACUUUCCAAUGCGUUCACUGCCAAAUGAGAUUGUUUGAAAUAAUGUGAUUUAGAUAAAACAUAAAAGUUUUUAAAUGAAUAAUUCACAGCAGAGAUGGAGCGCUAAGUGUCCCCCUCCCCUCCUCCCCCGACUAUUCACAUGAUAACCACUCUCAUUCUGUCAGUUUCAAUAGGUAUAUUUUUGGGGGGGAAUCGCGGUGAGGACGGCCAGAGUAGACACAUUAGAAUAUCCUGCAGGAUAAAGCAUCACUCAUUUGUUUUGAGGUGAACUUAUUUCAGAGGAUUACCUGGCGGUAUCAUGUGCAGGCAGUGGGUCAGCUAUUUCAGAGCAGCACGGCUCAUCAGAUCAGAUCUGCUAUUCGUAUUAGUGUGGCGGAGUGUGCGUGGUGAUACACACAGAAAAUAUGGAUCACUUUGAAAUGACAGAGUGAUUCUGUGUGUCUGUGAGUCUGAGUAUAUACUGUUAAUUACAAUUUAGAACUUACUCUCCACUUACUCUUAAAUACCAUCCAGAAAUAUAUUCUCUCUAAAAGUCACGUGAUUCUGACAAUACUGAUACAUUUGUUUAAAAUUGUACAACAACAUUACAGAGUGCGGGGACGGGUCCUCCCAAGAAAAGAUCCUUGACUUUGAGAAACACCCAUGGAGUAGGUUCUCUUUCAUGGAGCUUUAUAUGGUGUUCUACAGUAGCCCAGAACGGACAAAUCAAACACUGGCUAGUUCUCCUACACGCUUGGCACAUGGGAGAAGUUUCAGUUCUGCAACCUCACCACUAGAUGCCACCAAAUCCUACACACUGGACCUUUAAAGAAGGCAAGCCUCCCGCAGAGCAUUGAUUAAACAUUGAGUUGCUAAAUCUUUUGCAGGAGCUAACUCAUCAUGACUUUGUAUGUAUGACUAUUUGCACAAUGUUAAUUUAUAAUUGAUAAAUGUUGUGUGUACAUAUGUGUUUAUACAGGUGAUUUAUUUGAUUGCUGUCAAUAUAUGUCUUAGCAUGUCUGUGUGUGUGUGUGUGUGUGUGUGUGUGUGUGUGUGUGUGUGUGUACUCUCAGGUGAGUAUGAUUGUGUGUAGUUUCAGUAUUCCAGAUUUGUGGAGGUGUUACAGUUGGAUGAAUCGCAGGGUGCAGCCAAAUAAGCAAUGAGUUGAUAUAAACCACAACUGCCUGCACACAGAGGUCAGAGGUCACUGUCAGUCCCACUCUAGAAUACACAGUGACCAGUGUUGGGUAAGGGUUACUUUUAAAAGUAAUCAAAGUACGUUACAGCAUUACUUUUUUUUAAAAACGUAACCAGCUACUUUACUGCGUUACUCCCUGAGUAAAGUAACUAAAUUACUUUAAAAGUACUUCCAACGUUACUCCCUGAGAAAAGUAACUCAAGCACUUUUAAAGUACUUUUGAGUAUUCUACAUUUCCUAUUGGGCAAUGGACCACAGGGCGCUAAGCCUACAUUUUUUUGUCUCCAAAAUUAAAGUUAUGGACCACUUGCCCUUCACUGAGAUCCAAUUCUCCCAUCACAGCCGUCACUUUGACCAGUAGAAACACAGAACGAUCUGCUGCCGUAGACAACUGUAUGACAACAACACCCCAGCGUUUUUAAUAUUUCCUCUAGGGAUGUUACCACACAGAGUAAAAGGGGGAAAUGAUGGUGUGAAACAGCAGAGGCACUUUGUCAACCCGCUGAGUUAACGUUACUGUCAUUAGCAUCAAGCUAGCAAACAAUGGUACAUCCUCACGGUCGGACAUAAAGUAAUAACAUUAACAAAUAGCGGCGGGGCUUUUACUCACCACAACUGCAGAGGCUCCCAGCUUCAUUUGAAACAAACUACAUUAUAGACGGUCCAUUAUUUAUUAAUCCCUCUGUGUGUUUAUAUAUUUACUUUUUAUCCACUCCGUUGUCUUUGUAAAGUUAACAUAUCGCACCGUCAUUUCAAACUCAACACACUCAGCCCCUUAUAACCUCGGCUGAGAGAAUCCCUCCAUUUUCUAAAUAGGCUUUUAUUCUGAAACAUUUUUCAGAACUUCCUGUAGCUGUAAUGUAGCUCUUUCCAUCUGCUGAUGCUUUUAGGUGACUACAACAACAUGUCGGCUGGCACGUGAACAGACACAGUGACUCAAAUAAUCGUGAAAGUAAUAAAAAUAGGACAAGAAUAACCCGAUGACAUCACACACGCCGUGAAAGACGACCGGGGAUAAUUGGUGAAUACCAGCAUGUAGCGUGUACCAGGUAUAAUGCAAGUCCUGAGUCUGAUAGGUUUAACGGAGCUGAAGGACCAGCGUUCUAAAAGUAACGGAAGUAACUGAUGUCUUGUUUGAAAAUGUACUUAAGUAUUUGAUUACUCAAACAGCAAACUAACACGUUAGGUUACUCGUUACUGCAAAAAGUAACGCGUUAUACCCAACUCUGACAGUGACGCAUGACACAUGAAGCUGUACCUAUAUGCGGCAUCAGGAAGCCACGGCUCUGUGUUUUAUUAUAGAAGCGACUCUCAGUGUUUCCUCUGUCAUUUUCAGAGCUAAAUUAGAGCACAACAGCAGCAUGUUUGUCAUUCAGAUAAUAGCUCUGUGCAUUUACGCUUCAGCCAGGUGCUGGUGUUGAGUUGCUUAAAAAAAAUAAAUAAAAAAUUGCAGGCUGAGGCUAUUUUUCAUCAGCGUCUGCUGAGGAUUGUAAUAGUGCAGGCAGAUACCAAAUACUGAGAAUUGAGCUGGGAGCAUGACACACAUGCUGGCGCUGCUGGUGCCCUGAGGUGCGUUUGCAGUGUUUUUCAUGUUUUCCAGAGCAGGAGAAAUGUUUGGAUACUGAAACAGUAACACAGGUAUGUUGUGCACCUUGAGUAAAAUCGUAUUCAGUAGAGUAUAUAAGUAUGGUCAAAAUAUAUUUCUAAAUUUAUUUCAAGCUAAUAUAUGUAUUUUAAGCUGUGACCAUAACUAUGUAUGUCUUUGAAGCCAGCAGCUUGGGUCACUCCCCUUUCUGGACCAGAGUGGUUCUGUCUGAAUGUAUUCUAUAAAGGGCCCAAAUCAGUAUGUUCCUUUUUAUUACAAAUGGUUAUGUACAGUAUAUUUGCUGUGAGGAACAGUUCAGUUAUAACUGGCUGUGUUCAGGUGUAUACAGUUCAUCAUAUAUUGUGUCCGCUUAUCAAACAUUGUUGAAAUGGUGAAAGAAUAAAUUACAAUGUAAGUGAAAGAGGA